AUGCUUAUCGUGACUCUCUCCCUUACUUGCUUGCUUACCUGUUGUUAUUCCUAUUCCACCGUCUGGCUACGCGCUAGCAGCAUGCGUGCGUGCGUCCAUGCGUGCUCCUACACCUAUGUAGCAUUGUCUCCACGCGCGCCUGCACCGAGGUGUCAUCUCUCGACAUCCUCAUGUGCCUCACACGUUGCUUUCGAGACUAGUGAUUUCGGAUUGAUUCCAAAUGGCAUCUCGUUCCCCUGAUCCUAGCUGUCCAGGUUCAAAAUUGCAUUCCUGACCGCCAUCUCCAUCAUCAGUCCAAUGCCUGUCCGCCUGCUUCUGAUUGCUCAAAGAAAACUUCGCCGCCUGCUCCUGGCACCCACCCGAUUCCUCCAAGCACCCAUCCACAUGACGUGUCUUUCUGUCUGUUUGAAACUGCAAAGGGAGCCAGCAUGAUGGGCAAUGAUGCAUCGGGAGAAGAUAUCUCAACAAUCACCACCAAGCCCGCACCCACACGGUAAUGCGCCCAUGCGUUUUGGCUGCUCCGUCCAAAGGGUGGCUUAGCGUCUGGCCAGGAAGACUUUACGAGCUGUUUCUGACUGCUACGAAUGCUGUCUU